AUGGCCUCAAGCACUUUCAGCCCAGACUCUCCGCCAAUAGACGGCCCAGAGAGAGCAGAGCAGACAGGCGCGGCCUGCGGGCUGGGGGCGCGGUCCGGGACCUGGCUGCCUCCGCGUGCUCCCCCACCUCUGCUAGACUGCUGCGCCGCCGCUCGCCGGCCCCUCUCGACCCCGGCCCUCAGCUGCGCUACCCGGGAUUCUGCGAGCUUGCCAUCAACAGGUCACGAUAAGCAGGGGCGCAAGUGGUUUUACUCAAUGGUUCAUUUCAAGAACAGGUACAUGGUGAUGGAGGUCUUUAUCGACGCUAGCAGAGGAGAGGCUGAUCCUGUCAUCCUCACCCAGUUCAACAUAACCAAAGUGAUCAGAGACAGCAUCCAGCUCAACUUUGGGGAAUGUGGCCUAGCUGCAUCUCUUGGAUCAUUGCAAGUGAAGUAUGUAAAUCCUGUGACGAAGCUUUGCGUAAUCCGAGUGUCGCGUGAAGAUCACCAGAAAGUGUGGGCUGCUAUCACAAUGGUGAAGAGCAUUGGGAAGAUCCCAGUAUCGUUCAACCUCUUGGAUGUGAGUGGCCGAUUGUGGCAGUUCAGAGCUGACCAUCAAUCUACUCCUAUCCAGGAAGUAUCAGGGCCUGCAAGAAAGCCGCGCUGGAGUGCGAAGAAGCGAAGUUUGAGCAGUACAAGCUGGCUGCUGGUGACCGUAUGACGCAGGAGAUCAUCGAAUCCAUGCAGAGUUGCUUUGCCAAACUUAAAGGAUUAGACAGUUAGUAAAUUAAGUUUGUUCCAUGCCAGCAGUCUGGAAAAGAACCAGUAAUCUAGACAAACGGCAUUGUCGUUGCUCGGUCCAAGGCGCCACAAGAAGCCAGCUUCCAUGCCCAAAAAAGGCCCAUUCUGGAGGGAGCUUGUGGAAAAUGAUGUUCUUGUGCAAGAAAUGUUGUGUAACUAAUCAUGAUUAAGCCAGCAUCUGGUAUGUCACAAAAGAAUGAUGCAGUUUAGCCAAUGUUUUCCUGUUUCUUUAA